AUGGCACAAACUUAUAGCCAGCAGCAGCCAAUGCAACAGUCUCAAAUACCAGAAUAUACCUUACCAGGCGUUCUUCAUUUUCUCCAAUCAGAAUGGAGGCGCUACGAGCGAGACAGGAAUGAAUGGGAGAUUGAGCGUGCCGAAAUGAAGGCCCGCAUCGCAUUAUUAGAAGGAGAACGUCGUGGAAUUGAAACUAUGAAAGUAAAUCUAAUGAGGCGUGUGAAAAUGUUAGAAUUUGCUCUAAGGCAGGAGAGAAGUAAAUAUUUGGCCGGCAUAUCCCCCACACAACCUAUAACAAGGGAAUCAUCCACUGUAUCAGCUACUGCAAACGAAGAAGGACUACAAAAUAAUUCUCAAUCAACUACUGGGUUUUCUCAAACUUCCGAACAAUCUUCACAACCUUCUCAACAAAAGAGUCUUUUAUCAAGUCGGGAUCCUAAUUAUCGCAUCAAGAGUCGUGAAAUUCUUAAAGCGUACGUUAUCCCUAUUUUUUCUUACUAUACUUUUUAUAUUAUAAUUAUUCAACAAAAUUUUUUAAUUUCUUCAAAUUAUAGAUGUUUACAAGAAAUUGACUACCUUACAAAUGCUGCGACUAGUAACCUUCCUAUUAGCAAUCGACUUCUAAGCCAUCCAACUGGUUUGAAUGGAAAUAAUGCAAUCAAUCAAAUGCAAAAUCAUAGAGACAGUGCAAUAUGGGUUGGGGGCAAUUCCCCUGCAAAUAAUGGUGUGCCUCCUAAAAGAUUAGCCAAUGUUGUAAUAAAACCUUCUAGGCCUGCUCCAACAACUCCACCAACUGUUUUACCCAUAUUACCAACAAAUUCUUCAAGCCCACCAUUGGAUCAUUCUUUUCCUCCGCGUGAAGGUUUAGAAAUAGUUUCUCCUGAAAACGAUGACGGUUCAUUCUUUCCUAGAUCAGCUGGUAAAUUAUAUAAGAGUGACGGAAGAUUUUCCGAUGAUGACCAACCAUCAUUUGACUAUCAAAGAAAUAAUAUAAUAUCGCCUGGUGAAUCGACUCCUUUGGGUAAUGGAAUUGGUGGAUUAGAGACAAACACAAACGAUGAAAGUUACUUUGAAAAAGAUGUUGGGACUUCUGCUUUUAACAAAUCAAAAUUAGAUGGGUCCUGGAAAAUAUCGAGUCCAGUUGUACCUAGAAAUAUAGCUACUGCAUUUCCUCCGAAAAGUACAGAUGAACUUAGAGAAGAAGAGUAUCAAUUGACAAAAGAUGUUCAGAAAAAAUUUAACCUGUCAGAUGAAAAAAUUUCGAAAUUAAUGAAAAAUUCUUCGAAAAAAAAUCAAGGAAUAUUACAUCCUCAGUUAGAUGAACUCAGUUUAUCGGUUGAAGAAGUAGAUAACACAGAAAAAUCAGAGACAAUAGUUCAGAUAGAAAAAUGUGGAGGCAACGAUUCACAUUAA